CGAAAAACCCCAUCCCACAACAAACCCGUCCAAGGGGAACCGACAGCGCCGACGACGCUUUUUGGAGCUGGCCAUUCUUUCUGGAGCAUCUCCUUCGCGUCUUUGGCAUCUUACCUGACACAUCCGCGUGUCGGCCAGGUCACAGGACCGACAACAAACAAGCCCGGUAGCAUCGAAACACCCACCCACAGCCCGGCCUACACGUCUACAACAUCCAUCUAUAGCUUCGACGCGCCCUUUAUAUACCUCUGUCGACUCAUCCCUCGCCUUGGGUACCCGUCUGACCGUGUUGUCGCCCCCUUAACCCCGUUGCCGUCCCAUUGUUUUGGUGUAAACAGAGAACCCAUCAGCCACUACUGGCACCCAUAUCAUGACCGAUAUCCGCCGGCCACGUUCAAACACAUCAAUGUCUACCCGGAGUAACCGCCCGCCCUCACGCGCGUCGACGACGAGCGUCCAUUCGUUUGAGCAAUUUCAACAGCCGCAGCAAUCUCGGGCCGCCCAAUUUCCCCAGCAGCCGCAGUACCACGCACCCUUCACGACGAGUGAAGCUUUGCAGCCUGCACUAAUCCAAGCUGCGCAACAGGUCAGCGCGCAGGAUCAUCUCAUCAACAUGAGCCUGGAAAGUGUCCAGCAGUACCUCGGUUACCCGGCCGACUCAACCACGAAUCAGCCUCAACCAAAUGGGCAGCCUGCGCAAACAGAUCACCACGGCUACCACAACCCCCUCCCACAGCAAUCGCAACUUUCGCAACUUUCGCAGCUUUCGCAGCACUCGCAACAUUCGCAGCAACACAGUUUCAUGGCUCCGUCGGUGGACAACGAAGACAAGAAGAAGAGGGCCUCCACCUCGGGAGCGGCGACCAACGACAAGGAGUUGCGCCAGUUGCUGAACCAGAAUGAGGGUCGUAACCUGAAGGACGUUGCGGCCGAGGUUAUCCAGAAUGAUCGGACGUCCAAAUCAGAGAAAUCGAAGCAGCUGUUCGCCAUGCUGUGGCUGCAGUCAGUUUGUCGCGUCGCAAAAACGUCGGUCCCACGCAACCGCGUCUACUCCAAGUACGCAGAACGCUGCGGCACCGAUCGCGUCAUCCCCCUCAACCCGGCUUCCUUUGGAAAGCUUGUUCGUGUCAUCUUUCCCGGUAUCCAAACUAGGCGUCUCGGUGUUCGUGGAGAGUCUAAAUACCACUAUGUCGAUCUGGAGCUUAUCAACGAUGGAAGCGAUGGCGACGAGGCGCGCCGGCCUAGCACUGGUGCUGCUGCGCAUCAUGCCAUGAAGCGUCAAACUUCUGGCACUCCCAGGCUCAACCUCGACGCCAUCCCACGUCUACCUGCAGACAACUCACAGUUUCCCCCCCGAGAACCAAGGGCAGAGUCUCACAAUACCUUUUAUACUCCAACCUCAUCACGCGGUGUGCUAUUCACCGAUAUCUAUUCGUCGCAUUUCCAACCCUCACAGUCCCGCACAAAAUCCUCAUACGAACACGAGCUCAAGUUUCCAACGCCAGACAUUCUUGAGGCCCCAGAUGCGUUCGUCGUCGAAUUGCCGGAUAUCAAGCCAUAUCUGCCAGCCCGUACCGACCCCGACUCUGCUGACAACCUAGUCGCUAUGUACCGCUCACAUGUUGUCUCACUAGUGGACUCUGUACGUUACUGCAAGGAGAAACAGUUUUUUCGCUUGUUCGGCACUUUCCAUGGUACUUUGACUGUGCCAGUGCAGAAGUUAUUUGCAACACCAGAGCUAGCACCAUGGAUCAGAGAGUGUGACUGGAUGAUGUAUCAGAAGAUGAUUCGGAACGUCUCUCAACUGACGCUCCAGGUAGCACCGCCGCCAGUUUUGAAGUUUCUUGAUAAUGUCGCAAAGACGCUUCAUGCACACAUUGCUGCCAAGUUCAUGUCCUUACCAGUCCACGUCCUUGAGGCAAAGCUGGAACCCGCUACAUUGUUUGCUCACCUACUGCGACAGAUGCUCCGCGUCAAUUCAGCAGCGCACGCAGCAGCCGUCAUGCUUACAGCGGAGAGCCAUCGGACUCACAUGUACGCCGAUUGGCUCCAGCACGUGAAUAUCAAGCGCAUCAUUGCGAACGAGUUGCCUGCUUCAUGCGCGCACGAGGAAGUGUACAACAUUCUUACAACCGAGAUCCGGUCAAUGCUGGGCCCGCUUCCACAGGAGAUCCAGUUGCCCUCUGGGACGAUACAUCGAGCAGCAUAUCCCGACCCACCCGCUGAUCCAUCCGAGUCAGUCAUUGAUCGCAUCGCAGCAUUCCUAACGCGACUGCCUUCACGCUUCCCUGGCGCACACGCGCGGACUAUUAUGCAUUGCAUCAGCGCACUGGGUUCCGCAGCGCUACGAGAAAUCACAGUAGAGAACGGAAUCAGUUUCCAAGGAUGGUGGCUCACCAAGGUAUUUGUGGAUGAGAUGGCACAAUGGCUGGCAUCUAUAGGAGGUUUCCUGGGCCACUCGCCGCCAGACUGGACGUCUUCGAAUUACUCUCCUGUGAUGGGUGACCAUCUCAACGCGGGCAUGACCAACGGUGGCAGCGGCAGUAACAACGAUAGCCGUUAUAGUAGCCUUGAGGCUGACUUUGGCGCUGACCAGUCGUUCAUAUCGACUACUAGCCAUGUAACUAUCCAGGAUACUGGAUCUAACCAAGAAGUCAAUACUGGACGCUUUACUCAACAGUCAUCACAGUAUAACAUGAGCUUUAGUUACGAUUACAAUUUGAACCCGUCACAACAAGAGUCGAACCAUGACGACAGUGGCAUAGGCCUUGGCCUAGGUGGUCAGGAGGACGGCAUUGACGCCAAAUUUGCGUCCCAUCUCUCUUCCGCUCUCUCGCAGAGCGUCAGCUAGUCUGGUCAUUCUUCCUUUCAGUCUUCUUGAUCCUUUUUGCUUAUGCUUUCACGAAGUCUCUGAAAGUCACGACUCACGAUAUAUCGUGCCUGUUCACGGCCUGUUAUUCUUUCGUAAUUACUAUACUAGGGUCGAGAUGAUGCCUCACGGUCGGUGCUCACUAGGUUGCGGGGCUGGUGUUGUUACCCCUAGGAGUUUGUUUGGGUUGCACUAACAUGGCGUUUUUGGGAUGAUAUACCGCCUUUAUGGCUUGGAUUGGUUGUCAGAUACAGUAUCUUGUUGUUCCUUGCAAAGAUUUGAAUUGAGCUUUCUAUCCUGUCGCCUUAUUGGCCGUAAUUUCCGUCUUGUGUCUCCAAAUCACCAACGUUAGUGUGCUCAAGAUAUCAGUAGGUAAUCUGUCAUACUACGAUUCGGGCAUAACAG